GUAUCCUAAAUGACCAAUUAACUAGUGUGUUAAUCAGUGUACAUUUUAUAAAGAUAAUAGCAUAAAAUAUUAUAUAAUAGUUCAAAACAUGGUAUGUCUGCCUCGAGUCAUAUCAAUUGUUAUUUUACGAGGAGGAAAAGUUUUACUAGACCAACAGUUCUAUAAAAUUACUAUUCGAUUUGAUAUAAUUUUAAAGACCGGUAGUGCGGAUACCUAGUUAUUUAAUGGUCAUUAAUGCGAGUGAUGAUGGAUGAUCAAAAUAUUACUGUAAGCACUAUAAACCUUGUUCCAAUUCAAAGGUUAGAGAACAAUUCAGACAACUGCAAAACAAUCACCAAAGUUCAUAACUUAAACGGUGACAGGUGGAACUUAGUAAAACUCUUGUUUUUAUAUAUACUGCAAGGUGUACCAUUGGGAUUCAGUGAUGCAUUUCCGAUUUUAUUAAAAUCUAAACAGUUUUCGUACUAUGAUCAGGCGAUAUUUAGUGUGAGCACGUGGCCGUUUACUUUCAAAAUUUUAUGGGCUCCGUUAGUUGACUCAAUUUAUUGUCCAUCAGUGGGAAGGCGAAAAAUGUGGCUCGUUCCUGUACACAUACUGCUUGGCACUUGUCUACUGGUGUGUAGUUUUUAUAUCAAUGGCUGGUUGUCGAGUACCGAGGAUUCAAACGUCAUUCCGCUGACUGUCGUUUGGUUAAUCAUAAAUUGCUUGGCUGCUACUCAGGAUAUUGUAGUUGACGGAUGGGCAUGCUCUAUGCUACAAAAGCAUAACAUACACUACUCGUCAAUGUGCAACGCGAUUGGUAAUUCAUUGGGAUCGUUCUUAGGAUAUGCAGUUCUAUUGUUACUCGGAUCAGAAACGUUUUGCAACAAAUGGCUGCGUUUUUAUCAUGAAUCUGGUGGUAUUAUCACUUUAAAAGGGUAUUUAUAUUUUUGGGGAAUCGUCUACAUUGUAGCAGCGGCAUGUGUGUCCAAGUUCAAAAGCGAAAUCCAACCGUCAGCUGAACAAAAAGGUCUGGGCGUAUUAAACACGUACAAGUUACUUUGGGAUAUAAUAAAGUUGCCAAACGUUAAAAUACUAGGCGUGAUAUUUCUAACUGCAAAAUUAGGAUUCGCCACUGUCGACACAGUGACAAAUAUGGAAUUUAUGGAAGCAGGAGUAUCUGAAAACAAUAUUGUCAUAAUUGGCAUAAUGGUGUUUUUAGUAAAAUUGAUAGUUCCUAUAGCUAUGACUAAAACAACAAAUUCAAUGAAAUCGAUGGAUGUCUACAUGCAGUGUAUACCAUACAGAUUGCUGCAUGGUUUAGCGUUCUCGUUGUUGUUGCAUUAUACUCCAGCGCUUUUGAGAACUGGUGGUAUUGUCCAAACAAGUUUUUACACCAUUUUGGGAUUAACCUAUAUAACACAUCAAAUAUUUUCAUUCAUUAUGUACGUAAUUUACCUGUCGUUUGUAUCUAAAGUAAGUGAUCCGAAUUUUGGUGGAAUUUACAUGACAUUGCUAAGUACUUUUGCAAACGUUAGCUUAGCUAUAACAAAGACGGGUUCACUUUGGUUGGUUGACGUUCUUACCUUCAAACAGUGUACAACCAACUCUCAAAACUAUUGUGCGGCUUCUUCAUUGAUCAAAUCUUGUCGAGCAGCAGGUGGAAAAUGCAGUACUAUAAUUGAUGGAUUCUACGCCGAGAUAAUUAUCUCUACUAUUUUAGGUAUAUUAUGGUUCUACAUAAUAAAAAAACCAUUAAUUAAUUUACACAACAGUGAUCGGAAAAAUUGGCUUGUUUACAGUGAAGAUAAUUUAGUAAAAAAAAAUGUUGAUGACACUAUUUAAAUAAUAAUUUUAAGAAAAAUGUAUUUAAAUGAAAGUAUGUAUUUAUAUUUGAGACUGUACAAUUUUAUUUAAAGAAAAUGUUUUUUUUUCAUUUUCAAAAUCAUUCCAUUUCUUGUUUUACUUAUUCAUUACACCUUGUUAAUAUUGUAGUAUAAUAACUCA